AUGGACAGACUACAGCAGGCGACAGCUCAUCUUCAGGGCAUCGCGGAUUAUGUGAGAGGGCAACCAUUACUACGUGUGGGGAAGCCAACGGUAGACCGGCCGUUCGGAAUCCAUCUGUGGCCGCUGUUCUCUGCGGCGUUUGAGCGGGUGGUGGGCUAUCCCGCGGAGUCGUUCCGGUUUGUGAAGCAGCAAACUUUCAUGGCCAAUGGGUGGCAGGCGCUGGUGGCGAUUGUGGCGUACUAUGUAGUGAUUUUCGGCGGGCAGGCGGCGCUGCGCGCGGUGCGCGCGCCGCCGUUGCAGCUGAACCGGCUGUUCCAGCUGCACAACCUGCUGCUCACGCUGGUGUCUCUGGUUCUGUUGCUGUUGAUGGUGGAGCAGGUGGUGCCAAUGGUGUGGCGGCACGGUUUGUUGUGGGCGAUCUGCGCCCCGGGGGCGUUUGCGCCGAAGCUGGUGACGCUGUACUACCUGAACUACCUGACGAAGUACCUGGAGCUCCUGGACACUGUGUUUCUGAUUCUGAAGCGCAAGAAGCUGCUGUUCCUGCACACGUACCACCACGGCGCGACGGCGCUGCUGUGCUACGCGCAGCUGCGCGGCCACACAUCGAUUGAGUGGGUUCCGAUCUCGCUGAACCUGGGUGUGCAUGUGGUGAUGUACUGGUACUACUAUUUGUCGGCACGUGGGGUGCGUGUAUGGUGGAAGGAGUGGGUGACGAGAUUGCAGAUUGUGCAGUUCCUGGUGGACCUGGCGUUUGUGUACUUCGGGACGUAUACAUUCUACGCGCACAAGUACUUUGACGGGGUGCUUAGCCACUGGGGUAGCUGCUACGGGACUGAGGACGCGGCUGCCUACGGCUACUUGAUUCUGACCUCCUACCUGUUCUUGUUCAUCUCGUUCUACAUCCAGUCGUACCGCAAGGGAUCGGCCAAGAAGGAGGAGGCGAAGCCGGUUAAGGCGGCGGUAGACGCAGCAGUGAAGGUGACUGGAUCCAAGCAGGGCAGCAUCCGCGCCUCGUCCAGAAAGGCAUGA